AUGCAAGAACAAUUCGUGGAGCUUCGCCAAAUGCUUGGUGGGCGAUCAGUGGCCCAAUUUGGGCGCCUCCCGCAAGCAGAGCGCAACGCACUAUUCCGGCAUCAUCUAGUACAUAAUCACAUCAUUGUCAGUGAGGCAGAAGACGAUGAUGGCUGUGACCCACGAAUCGCUUCUGGAUUUCUUCUGCGGCAACAUCGCUUUAUGGGCAACGACGAGACGGGGAAGCAGCUUGUGAAGGACGCCAAUGGGAUAUACUACGGCGAGAACCGUUUCCUUGUCCGCCUGCACUGGCUUUGCGAGUUUAUGUCUGAACGCCUAGAGGGUGAAGAAACUGACGCCCCCAUCGCUCCACUAGUUGGCAACAUUAUUGUUGAAGUUGACCUACACGACAAUAAACACGAACGCCUCAAGUACGACUCCGACGGUGAAAGUGAUUGCGACGGCAUUGCGAAUGGAGGUGAAAGUAGCCGGUUAGCAGCAUGGACAGUUAAUCGACUACGUGAUCUUUUUCUCUUCACCAAAGCAACUUCCAUCACACUCAGGUUGCAGGGAGGUGGUAUGCCAGACGGGAGCGACUUAGCGACGCAUCAAACAAUCAAAGACAUCGCAGAAGUUGUUAAGGAACUUAUUGGCAGCUUUGGAAAUCGUUUUGAGAUUGGAAAGAUGCUUGACAGCGGUGACAGGCCUUACCAAAGCCUGCGGGAUUACUGGAUGCGACCAACGGAGCAGGCAAGAAUAAACGUGAGCAUUGGAUGCGCGUCGUUCAAAGAGAUGAUGCAAAUCGAGAUAGAGGAAUGGACACACAACGUGCCUUCUAAUUAA